AUGUUGUGCCAGAGGAUCGAAGCGACGAUCGACACUAUCGGCACUGCAAUACUGACUGUUUUCGAAAGACUGAUCCGAGAACAAGGCUCUGGUGUUGUGACGUUCCGGGUUGACGGAUGGAUGUUGAUCAGGGUCCCUCCAAGCGAGGCUUCCCGAAACCGACCAAUUGUUCCAACCUUGUUGUUGUCGUUUCUCCCGCAGAUUGUUUGCGGCGCAGUUCAGGCCCGGUUACCCUUGAAACGUCGGAGCUGCGAAGCUUUUGCUUUUGCUUCCAUGCAUGUUUCGACCCGCAAGUUUGUCAAAGCCAGUAAGAUAUCCUCGACGUUUGCUUUGGUCGCUGUCCGGAAGCAUGAUGCCGGGAUCCACGUCGCAAAUUCGUGA